GCCGCCUCGUCAAAUAAACGACGUCUUAUCAACCCUUGCACCGAUGCUGCCCCGCUUUCCCGCCACACCCCUCCUCCCUUUCUCUCACCACAACGGCAUUCACGACUGCGACGUCGAGCACGGCGACAAACCACCUCCCCACACCGUCCGACACGGCGUCGACGACCUCACACGCGACACCCACCCUCUGCUUCCUUCCACGCUCGCUGUCUCAUUAGAUGUCUGUCUCCCCACAACCUUUAUCCACCAUCACCUCGCCCCCAUUGUCAUCAAACAACCCAGUUACCUCUCCAAAUGGUUCCCAUCAUAGUCUCAGCAAUUCCCAACUUGCCUCUCUUCUCUCUACUAGCUACCGUGAAUCAGAAUCUCUCAAAAAAGAACUA